UUGAUAUGUAAAUAUUGCAAUAAACAAAUUUAAUUAACAAUAAUUAUGGGUCUUAAACGUAAACUUGAGGGUGAAAUUGAGAUUAGAGCUGGAGCUGCAGAUGUGUACCAUGAGAUAUAUGAGAGUAGACCUCAUCAUGUAUCCCAUGCUGCCCCUCAUUUUGUUCAAAGUUGUGACUUGCAUGAGGGCGAGCUUGGUAAGCCUGGCUCUAUCAUCGUUUGGAAGUACAAAACUGGCGGAAAACCUCUUGUAGCAAAGAAUAUAAUUGAAGAAAUAGACAAGGAGAAAAAGUUGGUGAGGCAACGAGUUAUUGAAGGCGAUCUCUUGGAUGAGUAUAAGACCAUUACUGGCAUAUGCCAAGUGAUACCUAAGGACAAAGAUACCAGCAUAGUGAAGUGGACGAUGGAGUACGAGAAACUCCAUCCUGGUAUCCCUGAACCAACCGCCCUCAUCGAUUCUUUGCUCAAUGCAGCCAAAGACAUCGACGAUCAUCACCAUGGUGUAAAGAAGUAAACAAGCUUAGCUUGUACUACUUAAAGUGUCACGCUGUGUAGCGUAACGUACUCUUCCUAUUAUGAUGCAUGUUCUUUAUGUCUUGUUCUACCUUUUAUUGUGUAAUUGCUUCUAAUAAUAAUGUUGUAAGAAGUCAUAUGCUUUAUUGGUUUUUGUAGUUUGCAUUAAGCUUAAAGCUAAAUAAGGCUUGUAUCAUGAUCAAGCUCAAUGUAUGAAUGGCCAGAAAUUAUGCGUGUUUGUAAUAUGUUAAUUCUAGAUUUAAUGGUCAAAGCAGACUAACUUUGAUCAUAUAUGUGUUAUCUGUAUUUGCAUUGUUAUAUUAUAUCUAUCAUGUAAUUGCUCAUGAAA